CUGUCACGCCACCAAAACUUUUACUGUGAAAGUACAAGGCGGAAAACCGAACGCUUAAGCCACGUAACUUGACACAGGUAAACAGUACAGUAUUUAGGAGGAGGCGUUUGCCCGAACCGGAAGAGGGGAAAAAACAAAAACAAAUGAGCGUUCAAAUUUUCGUUUGUUGGCUUGAGUUUCAGUCGGGAGCAGCGCAAGCCGAGUUUGCAUACGACUUUUUGACGCUUCGGAGGAAAGUUUUGCUGGCUUUCGGCGGCGAACUUGGCGGCCGCAGCCCCCGCAGUGAAUCGGCGUCGGCGGGCUGACGUACACGCGAGAGGCGGGGGACAUGGAGAGCUGUCACCGGAGCUAAGGCUAACGAGCUAGUUUUUAGCACGAUUGGCUGACAUACAAAAUACACUCCAUUCCAGGGAAAUCAAAUUUUGCUUGCCCGUAGCCUUCACAAACGCGUAGCUCAUAUUUAAAGAGCAACAACGAGAUCCACCGGGGAGGGUGAGAUUUGGAAGUCUGGCUACUUUAGCCUAGCUUAGCAUAGCAUAGCCUCUCGUUCGCCACACGCAGAAGAAAGCAACUCGACCACGCAUAAACAUGCUACAGUGGAUAGACACAACGCUUUAACGUCAAUUAGGUAGACUGAUAAGUGUGUAUACGUGCCGUUUUAUUUUAUUUGGGUGGGGGUAGUCGUCGUUUGUCGAGCCUCUUUUGUUUUCCUUAUUCUUUUUUUCAAGUUAGAUAUACAUUUUUGGGGAUUGGGUGUUAGCAUGGGGGCUGCGGAUCCCAGCAGCGGCGCCUCGGAGCGGUUACAUAACAGCCGCAAGUCCGACGACAAGUUGCUGCUCUGACAGCCGCAAACACUGACACGCGCACGCACACACAGAGACACACACACACUUGAGCAAACAAAUAGUGAGAGUAGAGAGAGGGGGUGGGGGGGCGGUGUGAAAGGAGGGCAGCAACACCUAACAACAUGGAGGAGCUGUGAGGCGGCUGCUUGCACGCGUGAACAACGAUAACCCACAGCAAUGUGAUCAAGAUGGAUUCAAACCCGCUCAUCAACGCUAUGGACCCGUCGAUCACACUCUGGCAGUUCUUGCUCCACCUGCUGGACGACCAGCGCCAGCGUCACUUGAUCUCGUGGACCGGCGAGGACGGCGAGUUCAAGCUACUCGACGCCGAAGAAGUGGCUCGCCUGUGGGGCCUGCGCAAGAACAAACACAACAUGAACUACGACAAACUCAGCCGCGCGCUCAGAUACUACUAUGACAAGAACAUCAUCAAGAAGGUGAGCGGACAGAAGUUUGUGUAUCGCUUUGUGAGCCAGCCUGACCCGUCCGUGACCGAGGGGGCGCACAACCCCGAAGAGGGCCAAAGACGGGACAACCCGGACGCCAACGGCCAAUCAAAAAGCUGCCCGUCCAAGAACGUAGCACAGAAGUCGUCGCCCGGCAACUCGCACAAGAGCUCUCGAAACGACUACAUGAAGUCGGGCCUCUACUCCACGUUCACCAUCCAGUCGCUGCAGGCCGCGCCCAACCCUCGCCCCGUCAAAGCCGAACUGCUGCUGGAGCCCGUCCCCAAGCUGGACCGUGCGCCCAAAGAGGUUGCCUCUGCGUCAGCGCUGGGCGAUCCAUCUCGCCAGGUGAUCGUGGCGCAUCCGUCGCCGUGUCCCACUCCUGUUGUCAGCCCCCAGACGGCGGCCAACACCCCCGCUCAAUCGCAGGUCAGUGUCAUCCCAAGAAGCCGUGCUUACGUAGUCCAUUUCCAAGGCUCCAUCCAAGACAAGCUUAUCCAAGAGAUUAUGCCCCCGCAGCAGCAGCAGCAGCAGCGCGCCGCCCUGACGUCCACACCUCCCUCCGGAGUCCCACCCCUGGCACGCCCGCCCCCGCCGCCCAUCGUCAUCAAGGAAGAGACCCUGCCGUCGGAGGAGGAGCUGCUGGAGAUGGUGGGCCUGGAGGAGAAACGGGUAGAAGAGGUUCCUCAGCUCAUUGGGGGCUCGGGUGAACCCCAGACGACCCUCGCCAUCAUUGAAGCUCCGCCCCUUCGCCCCAUCCAGCCAAGGGAGGGGAGACCGGAGGGAGAAGGAAAGGACGCACCAACAGGCUCGUCCGUGCCAGCGGCGACGUCAUCGAGCUCGGCCCCAGACGCGGUUCCUCCCAAACCGAAGAAGCCCAGAGGCUUGGAGCUGCCCUCCCUCCCGCCGGGCCUCUCCCAGGAUAAGGUCACCGCCGCCGUCAACAGUUUGCUGGCGCCCGGCUCGGCAACCAACACGCUGACGCCCACUGUCAUCACCUCGCACGCUCUGACGCCCGUCCUGUUGACUCCCAGUCCUCUUCCAUCCACCAUCCACUUCUGGAGUACGCUCAGUCCCAUCGCGCCUCGCUCACCUGCCAAGCUCUCCUUCCAGUUCCCGACAAACGGCAGUAACCAGAUCCACAUCCCGGCGCUGAGUGUGGAUGGUCUGUCCACCCCUGUGGUUCUGUCCCCUGGUCCCCAGAAGCCCUGAACGUUGUGUUUGCACUCAGACGGCUCCUCUUUUCUUUGCGCCACCGGCCCAGAUGGCGCCGUCACAGUCAUCAGUCGUGAUGCGCACGAGCUCCAGUUGGCGUGACGUACAGGAAGAGCCGUCAGAUUUUUCCUGUUUGCGAAGAAGAAGAGGAAAAUAUUUUUUUUUUCCCCCCCUGGAUAGCUCAAGCUUGGUAUUCUCAUUAAGAUUCAUGAGGAAGAGGCUCUCUUUUGUACCUAUUUAUUCCCUGCUAGCUAACGUUAUCUUUUAGCAACAAUUGACGCUCCUUUCUUCGCUCUGAUUGUUCUGUUUCGGGUGAGGGAUUUUUUUAAUUUCUGGCCACGUCUUACUGGACAUCGUGAUGACGACGAUGAUGAACAUGGCCACAGUUUUCUUGUUCAGAGACAUUUUUUUGUUUCAGUGGUGCCCGCAGGCAUUCUUCGAGGGCCAGCGGGGUCUCGUCAGGAUAUUCUUGGCUUUAUUCCAUCCGUGGGCUUUUUGAGCGGCCUCCCACUGGAUGAUGGUUGCCGCUGCACCUUCUUAAAGCCGCGAUGUCUUUGUUUACUGGACAAGCAUUUGACACACAAUGACCAAAAACAAACAACAAAAAACACAAAAAAACCCAAGGGGGUUGAACGUAAUGGUUGACAUGUCUGUGCUGUCGUUGAACAUAUGACACGGGGACAGAAGAACACCAAACGGUUGUUUACUUUGAUGCUUGCACGUCCUCCAUGGCAACCCGACAGUGACUGUUGUUUCGAUAUAUACUGUAUAUAUGUAUACACGCACACACACAGCUCUGGACCAUUUUGGACCCUGAAUGACACAAUGACUGUUUUUCAGACGGGUCAGCGAAUGAACUCAAGCGGGCCGGGCAUGGAUCCCUGAGGCCCUUCUGCAUGUGACAAUUGGAUGUAAAAGAUGGAAAGUCUCGAAAUCAGGGGUGGGCAAAGAGGCCCAUGGCCUACACGCUGUCUGGCCAUUAUUCCGUUCUUUAAUCAGACCCAACAAGCAUUUAUAUUGUAAAGAGUCCUGCAAUAUUUGCUGUAUCAAUUUAGCUGCAUUUUCUUUAAAAAUGAGCGAAUUAAGAUUUUUUUUUAAUUUAUCUCAUUGAAUAAUGAAAUAUAAUUUUUAAAUCAAAUAAUUGGCAGAAUAAUUUGAAUUGAUGUAUUUUUUUUUUAAUGGAGCAGUUCUUUUACUAAAAUAAACCGUUACUUGCAAUGCAAAAAUAUCAGUAAAAGAAACAAUCAUGCGCGAUUAAGUAAUUGGUUAACUAUAAUCAACUUAACUAUCAAUAAUACCGUGAAAAACAGCAUCAAUUACUUUCUCUUUUAGUUCAACUUUUUUGGGGGGAGUUGGGGGGGGGGGGGUGUAUCUGACCUGGCCCAGCUGUUCAAUCUAGAAAAUCAAAACGCCCCAAAAUGUGCUCACCCCUCCUUGAACGCUGGCGCAUCCUCGUCACAAAAAUGAAGCUGCCAAAGAUGUCCAAUUCGAGCCAAGUGCAGUUUACUCUUGGGUAAGAAAAACCCCAACUGUCGAUGAGACUUUGGUGCCGUUUCCCAGUCUCCUGAACGCAGCACGAAGCCAUUGCGUUCGACUGUUCUAUUUUUCUAGCAGAGAACCGCUGCUUUAUUUUGUCUAUUGAGGAGAACAGGAACACACACGCACGCACACAAAAAAGCCUUAAAGAUGUCGCCGGGGACGCAACGGGAUGCGAUGUUGGGAUUGCUGUUUUUUUUUUUUUUUUUGUGUUUUUUUUUUCCUCCCGAGUGGGCGCGGCCGACACUAAGCCAUUCAUUACAGAACAUUUUGGACGAACUUUUCCUUUCACCAGCAGAACAGGAAGAAUGUUUUUUAUACUGAUAGGGAGCUUCUGCUGGAUUGGCUGUUUGGAUGCCAUUAUUACCGCCGUUACGUGGGUGUUUCCUCGGAGGAGGGCGGUGAGGGGUGGAGGUGCUUCAGAGUAUGUCCUCUCCUCUGAUUUUCUCUGUAUCACGAUAAGUGUGGUAUCGAUGCGGGAGGUUGGGGUGAAAUGAUGUACAAAGUUGACGCAAUUCAUAUCAAAUCCCCUUUGGCCCCGCCUUUCGCCAUUUGCUGAGGAGUUUAUUGACGUAAAAAGAGGCGGGAAUUUAUUUUUCUUAAACUUGUUACUCGUAUUUACUGGAAAUAUAAAGAAGACAAAUUAUUUUUGUGGGUUCUAUUUUCUGCCCCCUCUCUCGUGUUUGUUAAUGUUGUACAGAUGUCUGUUUUUCUAUGACAUGCCUCUACACGUCCAAACACAAGCACUUAUGGGGUCAAGUGUUAUUAAAGUGUCCCGUUGGUUGAAA